AUGGAAAAAAAACCGAUUGAAAUGACGACGUCUUGUCCGUGCGAGAGAAACUCGCGCGCCUUGUCGAAAUCUCGGUCGUGGCCGAUGCUGUACACCGUGCCGGAGGAGGAAACCGUCGGGGGAACCUCCCCCUCUUCCACCACGGGGGCAGACGGACAGCAACAGCAACAACAACAGCAACAGCAGCUACUUCCGGACAAGGGCCGGGUGGCGCAUCAGAUGCAGAUGGCCGCGCCGGCCGCAAACGUGGGCAGGCUCCUCCGCCGGCACUAUUAUCCGGAAGCCGGAUGGGGUUGGGUGGUGGUCGCCUGUGCGUGCAUGGUGCACUUGCUCAAUCACGGGCUGCAACUGUCGUUCGGCGCCCUGGAGAAAGACGUGGUGCACAGGUUCCGUGACGCCACUUACGACAGGACAGGUAAACGAAGUCCGAUGUUGUUAUAA